GGUACUAUUUUUGGAUAAGAGCGGUGAGGAUCUCAGGAUGUCCUCGAUCAAGGAACAGGAGGCGAUCGGCCGGCUGAUGGAGUUCUUUGAGGAAUGGGACAAUGGGAACAAAACCAUCAGAAGCCGCAUCCUGGGCAACUUCAUCGCCUUGAACAAAGGGAAGACCGCACCGGAGCUGGAGCAGGAAUUCUCGCAGGGGGGCAGCUUGUUCUUGGCUCGACUAAUUACAUGGCUAAGGCUAUCAUAUAUGUUUGGAACGUGUCUAAGUGAGAUUCUCCAAUCGAUCUCCAUAUUUCUGUCAGCAUCCAGCGGAAGUUGCUAUAAGAUUGAAUUUAUGGAGGUUGGAGGCAUCAUGACUCUGCUAGAAAUUCUGGGUCUACAACAACUAACAGAACACCAUAAGAUGGAAGCUCUGAAACUCCUGCAGACUUUGGCCAAAUCGGGCCGCAAAUACAAGGAGAUGGUGUGUGAGAGCUACGGUGUAAAGGCUGUUGCCGAAUGUCUGGCUGGAUCUAAGAUGGAAGAAACACAAGAACAGGCCCAAAUAUUAUUGGAAUUAUUGGCUAAAGGAAACCCCAAGUAUCAGAACCAAGUUUACAAAGGAUUGAUUGUGCUUCUCCCCUGUGCUUCACCAAAAGCCCUGCAGCUAGCGCUCCAGACCCUGAGGACUGUACAGGUGACUGUAGGUAAUGCUCACCCGAGUAUUGUGGAUCCUCUCCUGGGAGUGCUGCGGUCAAUGCAUCUGGAGAUACAGUAUGAAGCCCUGCAGCUCAUCAGCUACCUAAUGCGGACAGAGGUUCGUCUGGAUCUGUUAAAAGGACUCGUACAAUUGCUGAGACCAUCCCAAAGGGAGAGCAAUAAACCAAGGCCACAGAUUUUGGACGAUCCAACUGUGCCUAAGAUGAAUGACUCCCUACCAACUUUUAUCCAACAGGCAGCUGCUGCCAAAGCUAUAGGUACGUUGGCUCGAGAGUCCACGGAGUUGUGCGAGGAGCUGAUCCAGCUACGAGUGAUACAUCACCUCUUGUUUGUAAUGGGAAAUCAGGACCACACAGAAAGUCAGAGGCAAGCCAGCUUGGCAGUAGAGUAUUUUGUGUUGUCAAUCCCUGUGGUGGAAGAGCAAGUGAGGAAAGCAGUUGGGGAUAAGCUGUUCCAGAUGCUUUUGGAUGAUGCAGAUGGCCUGUAUGUGAAGUUAGAUAAUGUUCAAGCUGACAUACUGAGAUGUAAUCAAAUCAAUAUCCCUGGGAUAAAGGAGGUUACAGAAUAAAUUAAUUGCACCACAACAAAAUCAGCAGUGUGGUACCGUGGAAAGGGAAGACUUCUUGAUGGUCUGUUUUUGGUUGUUUUUUGGAGAACGGAUGG